AUGCUCAACAGCACCGAAGCGUCUGCUCUGUCCAUGGUCACUGCCGACGACUGGAAUAACCAACAGACCAUCAGCGCUACAAGCUGGUUUCGAAUGAGGAGCUUCACAGCAGAAUUUCUGGAAAAGGCGCUCAAGUAUAAACUGCGGCCAGCCACCAGUGAAAAUAUCACCAAGUUGAGGAACGCGUCCAAGUGUCACUGGGAUGCUUGGGAGACCCUCCCAACUCAAUUACGAUAUUAUUCCAACUGCUGGUUGAUUGAUUCAGACCCGCAGGUAUCAUUUAUGAAGGCUAGCAUCUACAUUACGUAUCUCCAUUGCGACUACUUGAUAUGCAAAAUGAUUGAGCAGCACGACGAGCUAGGGCGUCAGCGAGCGCUUACAGUGUCUGCUCAGAUCUUGUCGCUUAUCCAAGAAAUUGGCUCGUUUCGUCGCCGUAAUCCCGUAUUUCACAUGAGAUUCGCUUACCUGCUGGUCUGGGACGGCCUGUCGCCAGCCAUCACUCUUUCAAAAGCCGUACAGAAGAUGGCAAGAGAAGAAAAAGAAGAUGUGAUAUUACCCCCAGAUGUUGACCGCGCGCGCAUUAUUCGGUUACUGUCCGUCUUUGUAUCGGAUCUCGAGGGCAUCAGUGAACCAGGCGAGCCAACCUACGAAGUAUGCGAGCGAGCACGCGCCUCCAUUUCUGGGGCACUAGACGAACUCUUGAGCGGUCCUCAGCUCGAAGUUCAUGCUACAAUAGCACCAAAAACAACAGCACCACAAAACAUCGGGGCGGCAAUGCUGGGCGGCCCAGAUCGAGUCAACACGGCUACGAUGGACGGAUGGGACUGGUUUGGGGACGCGGACUGGGCGAACAUGAUGGACUGGACCAACAUGUAUGCAGAACUAUAA